UAAUCGAACGUGGUAUUAUUUAAACAUGCGAGAACAAUCAAAUGUACCAGAGCCUGCCAGCUAUGAGCGGGUAGUGAUGAAAAAUUUUUCAGAGUACCACUACAUGAAGAUCCAGCUUGUGUUCCAAGAAGAAAGGAUCCAGUUGAAUGCUGCACAGUUUAAGUUAUUGAUUGUUACAGCUUUAAAGACACUGCAUGGAGAGGUGGGAGCAUCUUUUCCUUUGGACCUGUUGAAAUAUGAUGAAAAGACACUCUGUGCUAUACUAAGAAUAAGUAGCAGUGGACUGGUGAAACUGUGGACUGCACUAACACUGUUGGGGCAGUAUCAGAGCCGAGAGUGUGCAGUUCGAGUGAUACAGACCUCCCCUUUCUUGUUGGCAUUAGCUGGUAACAGCAGAGAACUGGAUCUUGGAUAA